AUGGGGCGGAGCCACGAGUCCACAAAGGCAAGAAGUUGCCUUGGCAGGCUGAACCCCUGUCGGCGAAAUGCUGAACCUAAUGACGUAAGGUGUGCUGAAAGGUUAAUGGUUAUUCCAGUUGGGUUUUUCACUGUGCUACUUUAUAUGCUUAAUGUAAAGUUGUUUUCAUCAGAAGAAUCUCCAUCACGAGUCAACUCGGGGGAUUUGGAAUCCGAUGACGAUUUUCCACCUGGCUUUGAAAGAAUCCAGACACCAAAUCUUUGGAGGAAUAAGUUGUCCAAAAUACCUCUUGUCAAAUGGAGAUGCCCUCCUCAAUUUGUAGUAGAUGGUGCAUGGCAAGUGGUUGCUGGGGAAGAAAGCAAAGAAUUGGAAGCUCAAAACCAACGGGAGAUGAGAGUACCUGAAGCUAUUUAUACACAUCCUUCUCUUAUCCCUUCUAACCCUUAUGCAUUAGUAAGAGUGGAAAACUCUUUUCUGUAUGACCGAAACACUCUUCUGAUUCCGAUCACUCCUAUUGAAGACGAGGAUGUGGAGCUAGAUACGUCAUCAGUUGACUACAUGGCACCAAACCCACAACAGGGCUGUGGCGCUACCAUUCCUCGUGCUCAAUUCCCAUCAACAGUCACUGAGUCUGAUCUUGUAGCAGCAGCAAAAGCUGCCAUGACUGCAGUUAUGGCGAACAUUGAUCUGAAGGAAUUAAUUGAUCGAAACUGGCUUGUAAAACUUCUCUGUGAACGAAAAAUGAUCGAACAACUCACCAAGAAUCCCAGAGCAGCAUCCAUUGUGCAGAAUUUGCCCUCCUCCGGCUUGCACAAUGUGCUCUCCUCUAGCUUGCUGAAUAUUCCCUCAUCCCGCUUGCAGAAUAUACAAGCCAUUGGCUCGCAAAAUAUACCAUCCUUGUGCAUGCAGAGUGUGUCAUCAUUCAGCUUGCAUAAUUUGCCAUCUACCUGUCCACCAAGUAUGCCCGACUCAAGGUCUUUGGCUAAUAAUUUAUAUGAUCCACAUCCAAUAAUCUUCAAUAAAGGAGAUCUACCUUCUGCUCCACCAAUCCGACCUUUCUAUCAUCCUCAAAAUAACAUGGGAACCAUUCCCAGUUUCCGUCCAUCUGUAGCCAAUGUUUUAUCAGGCUCUCCUUCUGCAUCUCUAGGAUCUCCUAGAACUAAAGACGUAAACUAUUACAAGAGCCUGAUACAACAACAUGGUGGAGAAAGACAAGAAACUUUGCCCCAUUUAUGUAGUCAGACAAUUCAAGAACCUGCAAAUCCUAAGAAACCAAGAGGAGAGAAAUCUAAGAUGAGGCCUUUGAAGAGUCCAAUGGGUUGUAGGAAUGGAGUAAACUGUGCAUUUCUGCAUGAUACAACAUCCCAGCAGAGUCAGCGGCAUCCCAGAUGUUCAAAAGUUGCUGUAAGAAGCAAUGCCUGCAAGUUUAAUGGGGGUGAAUAUAGUGAGGCACAGCAACAGUAUAUCAGAGAGACAAAUUUAGGAGCAAAGCCAUUUCUGGGUGUUGUUGAGGUGCAGAAGACUGGCACAGAUUGCCACAGCUUUGAACAACAUGGACAUGAUUAG